AUGGCUUACAUUGCCAAGUCCUUCUACGACCUCAGUGCUAUCAGCCUGGAUGGGGAGAAGGUAGAUUUCAAUACAUUCCGAGGCAGGGCAGUGCUGAUUGAGAAUGUGGCCUCGCUUUGAGGCACAACCACCCGGGACUUCACCCAACUCAACGAGCUGCAGUGCCGCUUCCCCAGGCGCCUGGUGGUUCUUGGCUUCCCUUGCAAUCAAUUUGGACAUCAGGAGAACUGUCAGAAUGAAGAGAUCUUGAACAGCCUCAAGUAUGUCCGCCCUGGGGGUGGAUUCCAGCCCACCUUCACCCUUGUCCAGAAGUGUGAUGUGAAUGGUCAGAAUGAGCAUCCUGUCUUCGCCUACCUGAAGGAUAAGCUCCCCUACCCUUAUGACGACCCGUUUUCCCUCAUGACCGAUCCCAAGUUCAUCAUUUGGAGCCCCGUGCGCCGCUCAGAUGUGUCCUGGAACUUUGAGAAGUUCCUCAUUGGGCCGGAAGGGGAGCCCUUCCGCCGCUACAGCCGCACCUUCCAAACCAUUAACAUCGAGCCUGACAUCAAGCGCCUCCUCAAAGUUGCCAUAUAG